UUUUUCAGGCAAUACAUAAUAGUAACUAGGAACAGCAUGUAUUGCCAACUUGCUUGCCACCAGCCUAAGCAUUUGAGACCGAUGACCAUAGUUAGCACAGUAUAAUGAAGUCAAUACCAGGUGGUGCCACAACUCGUGGCAUCAUACCACCAAUCCCAACUCGUGCCUCGGCACCCACUCCACCACCAGGAUUAGAUGCCAUAUAUCAGGCCUGUAAAAAAGUUUAUCCAGAGCAACCGAACCCUCUGCAAGUCACUGCGGUCAUGAAAUACUGGCUCGGAGGGCCAGAUCCUCUUGACUAUAUUUCAAUGUACCAUAACAAAGGCAGCAAAGAAGUCCCAGAGCAUUGGCAUUACGUCACGUUCGGUUUUUCAGAUCUGCAUGGAGAUGGCAGAGUACACCCGACUGCCACACCGAACAUGCCGAGUGGUUUCGGGUUUGAAUUAACAAUGAGACUGAAACGUGAACCGGGUGAGACUGGGCCCCCUACAUGGCCUGCUGAGUUGCUACAGGCUCUGGGAAGAUAUGUCUUCCAGUCAGAAAAUUCUCUAUUCAGUGGAGAUCAUGUGUCAUGGCAUGCGCCGUUAGACAACUCUGAAUCCCGGAUCACUCAUAUGCUAAUGACAGACGACCCUCAGUUGCCAAUGGUUACGACCCCUCUCGGAACUGUGUCAUUUAUACAGGUUGUCGGUGUCUGCAGUGAAGAACUUCAGGCCGCUCAGCAAUGGAACGGACCAGGUGUCAUUGAAUUGCUAAAAACAGUUCCUGUAGCUGGAGGCCCAUGGCUUGUAACAGACAUGAGAAGGGGAGAAACAGUGUUCGAAAUAAACCCAGAUUUACAGGAAGAGGUAGAGAACGGCAUUCGCACUAGUGGAUCCAACCUGAGUGGUGUCAGUGCUCGCUGCAUAUGGACAGAGUCGAGUGCGCAAGAGAGUGAUGGACACACGCCUCCUAAACUCUCAGAAGAAGUUUCAAACCAAAUCAAGGACGCUCUUCUGCAAGGCCUAGAGAAGUCAAAGCAGAAUAUUGAUGGCUACAGUAUUGAUAAUGAUCGUCGAGACAGUGAAGACAGUCUAUCUCAAGUUAUUCCUCACGAACUUGUUUGCACUCGAACAUUCGAUGCAAUUCAUCUGAAAUUCAACUUAGAAGCCGCAAUGUUGCUUCCACUGUCUUGCAGGGGUCGAAUCCUUCACGGGAGACAUUUUACAUUCAAAAGUGUUCACGGUGAUACAGCAGUGACAUUAGUUGCCACAGGAGUUGAAGGAGCAUUUGUGACUGAAGAGACACCGUUUGCUGCUAGAGGGCCCUGGUUGCAAGUCUUAGUUCCAGAGGAUUUUGCUCAGGAGUUGGUGGACGACCUCAGUGAACUAACGACACCAAAUAAUGUUGAACUACCAAAGCACUUCAACUGGGCAGACCGGCAACUCAGAAUUUCAAUAUUUGAAGACGGAUAUUUUGACGACCCCAUGUCAUAUACGCAGGUUACGACGUGACACUGACUCAUGGUUCAUUGACUGUCGAAUCUGUUCGCUAACGUGUGACACUAGUGUCGAUUGUGAUGUCAGUCUUGUGGCCGUUGUCAGUCUUAUUACGAAGAAGUCGUCUUGUCAAUUUCCUUACCCACGGGGAUGAAUUUACAUUGUUCGAAUCCAUAUUUCAGCAUAGAGAAAUCUAAAUUAAAACAGAGUGUGUCUUGCUUUUAUCACUGUACAUCUGUCCGGCUCAAAACAGCUUGUAUGUUCGUCCUCAGAUACGGGCUGUCUAUCUAGGUUACACCAGAACCUGUCUGUCUAGCUGACUGGUUCUCAACGAGUGGGCCACAGAACUAUUUAAAAAUUGCUAGUUUCAUUUAUGUCACAAUAUUCAAAUCUUAUUUUAGCACCAAUGAAUGAUACUGCUGUUUUUUGCUACUGAGAAUUAAUCCAUGUCCAACUAUGAAGUUAAUAUAGUGUCUAUUUUCGCUGAAAGAUCAUGAUUUUUUUUGUAGUUUUCCCCUUGUAAUAAGAAGUUGAUGGGCCACAAGAAUUUUGGAUAACAAAAAUGGGCCACGAAAGAAAAAAAAGGUUGAGAACCACUGGUCUAGUUGAAAUAAAACAGUGACCGUUCGUCUGGCUCGGAACGGUCUGCCUUUUGUCUAGUCUGUUUUUCUGGCUUUAAAAGACUAUCUAUCCGACUUCAAAACCAGUCGAAACUAAACGAUGUCUGUAUUUUUCUAAAUAUUCAGAAGUUACUUUUUUUUUUCAUUUUAUUCUUUGCAAUUCUCUCCCACUUUAUCCCACCAAUACAUCAUCUGGCCGUAUGACGCUAGAUAACCAGCAGUUACUAGCAUCAAUCCAUUCCCCCAUUAUCAAGUCUAUGUAUCGGAAUCAAACAAAUGUUCCCUUACCGACAUAGACUGGUAACUGAACAAGAGGCUGUGAAUCGCCAUACAACUAGCCUAUCUUAUCGAUUUCCCUGAAUGAAUCCCAUUCAUGUAAGGUUGUUCAAAUGAUUCCAUACCAGACAUGGACUGGUAAUUGGACAAAAGACGAAUUGUCAUAUGAUUAGCUAUCGCAUUUCAUCCCCCACGAAAAAAUAUGUUAAGGGGAUCUACUCUUCUUGGGUUAGUUUUCGUCCUUGAUUUAAAUUUCCAAUCAUUUUGAUUAAUUCAGCAUCGGGAAACUUAACAAAUCGAUAUUGAAUCGAGGGAAGCUAGAAUGGCAAUUCUUUUAAACCACCAUCACUGCUAGUUACUAUCUUUUGAACAAGGCUUUCUAUGAGGACCCACUGAUACACAAAGAGUUAUAUCCUGGUGCACAAAAUUAAAAUCAGAUAAAACUACUGUCACUGCUAGCAACUAUAUUCUUCCCAUGCCUCCCCCCCAAAAAAUGAUAAGUAAAAUACCAAUGCUGAAAGUAGAACCGCUGAAAAUAUGUUCUUCUACCUGCUAAUUCAAUUAAUUAUUCUUCCCUCAUAUUAGCUACCAUCUCGUUUAUAUUUUACAUUCACUGCCGUUACUUUAGCUGCUUCAAAAAAUAAUUUUACCUUUUAAUUAUGGUAUUUUGUCCUCAAAUUAUUUUUUAUACUUAAUUUUUUUGUGCAGUAAUGUUGCCUGAAUAAAUUUUACAAUGUGA